AGUCAUAGAGCGCUGUGUGUAGGCAUUUGAUGAGCAAAUCCUUUCACACGACUUGAAAUAUUGCUGUCAUUGCUGUAUAGGUAUUCAGUCGCACCGUCAGCCUCUUACCUGUAGCACACUCCGCACGCUCCAAAACGCCGCUCUCUGGAAUUUUAUAACCUCUGUUUUGGAAUUUUGUUUUCUUCGGUUCAACAUUACUUUUGAGUGAUUUUCAAGCAAAAUGCCGAUAGAUACUAGCAACAAACCAAAGAUGCAUGAAGGACGAAAGUCCUCCAAACCUCUGAUGGAAAAGAGAAGACGAGCUCGCAUCAAUGACAGUCUUGGCCAACUUAAGACGUUGAUUCUUGAAGCUACCAACAAAGAUAGUUCCCGCCAUUCCAAGUUAGAAAAAGCUGACAUCUUAGAGAUGACUGUCAAGUAUCUUCGCAAUAUGCAGAGGCAGCAUAUGUCAGCUGCCAUGACCAAUGAUCCCAACCUGUUGAAUCGCUACCGUCUCGGCUACAGUGAAUGCAUCAGCGAAGUCUCACGAUUCCUAAACAACGGAUCAGAGACCCCUAACGUCGAAGUACAGACCAAUCUGAUAGGUCAUCUCGCUAACUGCUGCAGUCCACAGGGUACCCCAGCUAAGCAGCAGCAACAACAACCACAGCAGGCACAGUCUCCUCCUCAACAGCAGCAAGUCACCUACGCCCAAUCACAAACUGCUCCACAGAAUGUCCCAGCUGCUAUUGCUGCAGCAGUGACACAGUCCGCCCAGCAGCAGCCCAAACUGCAGCAGAACCCAGCACAACUCCAGGUUGCUGUUCCGCCCGCAUCAUGCGCACAGACCCUACCUACUGUAGCUGUGAGUGCCCCCUACCAGCCCAACAACUUCCAGGGUGGUUUCAAAGUGGAAAGUAAUAACAUUGCUCGUGUGAUCUCCGGCAUUCCAAUCGGUGUCCCAGGCACCCUUCCCUCCGGCGAGAUCACUGUGGUGCUCCCCUCCCAGGCCCUCCCUGGCGGUCAGCUACCCAGCCAUUUCAUCCCCGUCUACGCCCAGAGCACCCCUCUACUCUCGCCUCCAGCUUCCUCACACAGUGAUAGCUCCACCCCAUCACCAAUGUCAAGCCCCAAUUCCUCCAUGAACUCUCCCACACUGAUGAACGCUCAGACAACAACCUACCAGCCAACCAUCAUCAGAGACUCUUCACAAACGUGUUAUGUAACAGCCCCAGUGAACUCUGCCGUCUUAUCACCAGCCCCUUCCCCAGUCACCCACCACGGGGAUGCAAGGGGUAGUGCAAGCAGUCCAGUAGCCGGUAAUCUCGCCCCGAUGAUGGUGCAAGCUCCUACCCUCGUCACACUCCCCGCACAUACCGUAUACCAGCCCCCUCACGCACCCAUCACAGAGAACGGUCACCCACAACCCCUGGUACAUCACCAAAUCCCACGGAAAACCGUUCUGAGAGCUCUCAACGCUAACAUCCCAGCUCACCAAGUUUCUGAACACGACUCAAUGUGGAGGCCGUGGUAAAAAACAGAACCAUGUGAACACUUUGUCAAAGACAUUAUUUAUACGCUUGCGUGGAAGUGUGGUGUGAAAAACUUUGUGUUGCAAUUUUGAAUUUUUAGAUUAUCCCGCCUUUGUUUUCCUUGUUACUGAGAGUUUGUGCUUGUAAAAAAUAAAUAAAAAUCAUUCCCGUUGAAGUGCGAAACAGACACAAAACAUAUAACUAGCAUUCCAAAAUUAUAAUUCAGGUUGAGUGUAGAGUAUUCACUGUUCACACUGCUUUUUCGUACAUUCCUAAAUUUGAAAGUCAACAUGUUGAACAGCUUGCUAGGUGUAUUCACAAAUUCCACUUCAAAAAAUCUGGUUGUUUUUCGCAGCAAAGGUUUAAUUUCACAGAUUAUUUUGAUACAUUGUCAUAUUUUUUGAUUUUGAUUUGGUUUUGUUUGCUCACAGCAUCUUUGUGAUUUUUUUUUUAAACGAGCUUGAUUUUGUGUGUAACUUGUGCUAUGCUUUUUAAUUUGGAAAAACAUUCUGAGUCGACCUUUUCACUGCAGCCAUCUUGUUCCUUGUAUUCAUGAUAGUUUUUUUAUAACCCUGCUUCCAAAACAAUUCGAGCACCAGACUAUUCUGUUUGACCUCGUCCGUUUUGUGAAAAGUGGAAAAUGUUCCAAGAUGGCUGGAGCAAGAGGGAAGUCUCGAAGAAGAAUCUUAUCAGCACAACUGCAAGUCUAAUAGAGAUUGGUUUUCUGUCAUCUGUAAAUAUACAAAACUAAUUUAUUUUUUCCAAGGAAAGCCUUUCUUCAGACAAGCUUACAGCUAUGCAACGUAACGUUUUACAUAAAGUAAAUUUUGUACAAAAUAUUUUUUAGAGUUUUUAUAAGUGUUUGUGCUUCCAGGUUUCCAUGCCAACCGCAAGACUUAAUUGUGAGAUUUUCUUAUUGAUUAUUUUUUACCGAAUGAUCAUGACGUAACCAAAGUAUUCAGCCUAUGAUGGUUUUUCACCGGAUGUGCCUAAGAUUUGUUCUUAAAUUUUGUGUACGAAUUCUAAGGAGUUAUAUUUUUUUGGAUGACAAAAUAAAGUGAAACAAUUUUGCUUUGAAAUGAA